CUGCCCAAUAGUUUUCUUUUUUCUUCUUUUCAUUUUAAAAAUUAUUUCAAACUUAAAAUUAAGAAUGGUAACUUCAUAGAUGCAGAUCUUGUUAAGGUUAUUCAUCGAGAUUUGAGACUAGGUAACUUGGUAGUCAAGGAUGAAUGCGAUCAAUCAGUUUUGGAUUUUGGCUUAGCUCGAUCUCUAAGUUGUGGAGAUAAUUUUCUGUCAACUUAUGCGGUAACAAGUUGGUAUCGUAGUCCAGAAGUUAUGUAUUGGAAGAUAAGUUCUUAUGACACUCAAGCUGAUGUAUGGUCUGUAGGUUGUAUACUGGCAGAACUUACUCUCCGACGUCCACUUUUCCCUGGCGAAGAUUCAAUGUCACUGUAUCGUUUAAUAGCGGAGUUAUGUGGAAGUCCUGAUCAAGAGCUGUUAUCCAAACUUGUCUCCAAUGAAGCAGUUGUUAAUGUUAUAAAUAAGUUGGGUCUUUAUCCACGCAAAUCGUUUGAAGACUAUUUUCCCCAAAAUGUCUCAAUUGAACUUAUUGAUUUUUUGGAUCGAAUUCUUGUUUUAGAUCCAGAGAAAAGGAUGACAGUGACAGAUGCUCUUAGCCACCCAUAUCUUGCAGAAUAUUCAGUGCCAGAAGAUGAACCAGUAGCAGGCGGCCCUUUCAUAUUGGAUGAAGUAUCAAGUGAUCGAACAUUAUCAGAAUGGAAAAGUAGGUUUCUGAAACAUUUGAUUCCCAAUUUUACGUCAAUCAUAUUUUGGUAAUA